UUUUACUGUGAAAAUGUUUAUUGCAAAAAAAUCUUUACAAUUUUCUCAUAUCUUGGAUUUAUUUUAUGAUCUUUAAACAAUUUUAAGCGGAUUAUAUUAAAUAUUGAAGUAUGAUAAUACUACACCUGCUAGAUAAAACUAAUUACAAUAACAAAAUGUUAUUACAAAUCUUAAUAUUUCUAAUCACUUUGGUGAGUUUACACAAUCCCACAGAGGGAUUUCAUCAACAGCACCAUCAUCAACAGCAGCAACAGCAACAUCAUCAGCAAAUGAUUAAUUUAGAGGCUAAUUAUGAAUUAAUCGAAAAUGAUUCCCGUUACAUUUCAUAUCAAGAUCUUAUGACUACAGCCAAACGAUUUGUGGACUCAGAUAUAACAACAUAUUCUGAAUUAUUAUUCGAUGUGGGAAGAAAUCAAAUGAUCGUGGGAGCAAGAGAUAUUUUAUAUCGGAUGUCCUUCGAUUUGGAGUUGCUUGAACGUGCCAAUUGGGAGGCAACAGCAGCACAAAUCGCAAUGUGUCAGGCAAAAGGCCAAUCAGAGCAAAUGUGUCGUAAUUAUGUGCGCGUUUUGCAAACUUAUGGUGAGAAUCUAUUGUACGCGUGUGGGACGUAUGCCUUCAAUCCGAAUUGUACAUGGCGCCAGAUGGAAAAUCUAACAGUCACUGGUUAUGACAGUGGUGUGGGUAAAUGCCCCUUUAAUCCCAAAUCGAAUAUCACCAGUCUAAUGACUAAAGAUGACAAAAUGUUUGUGGGCACCACUACCGAUUUUUCGGGUAGUGAUGCGGCAAUUUUAAAAUCUGAUAUUCAACAGAAUGUGCCCAAUUAUCAUAAAGUUAUUAGAACCAAACAGUAUAACAAUGAUUGGCUAAAUAAUCCCCAGUUUGUGGGUAGUUUUGAGGCUGGCGAAUUUGUUUAUUUUUUGUUCCGGGAACCAGCUGUGGAGUACAUGAACUGUGGCAAGGUCAUUUAUUCUCGUAUUGCUCGUGUUUGCAAAAACGAUGCUGGAGGCGAUCAGAUUUUGAGAGAUAAUUGGACUUCGUUUUUAAAAGCACGCCUAAAUUGUUCAUUACCUGGUGAAUAUCCAUUCUAUUUUGAUGAAAUUCAAGGCAUGACUUAUUCAGAUGCGGAAAAUGUUUUAUACGCCACAUUCACAACUCCCGACAAUAGCAUCCAUGGUUCCGCCGUGUGCGCCUACAAUCUCACCUCUAUUAAUGAAGCUUUCGAUGGUCCUUUUAAACAUCAGGAACAUGUCGAUAAUGCCUGGAGACCUGUUAAUUCCAAACACAACAGUCAAUUUAAAUGUCAAAUACCCUCGGCAAAUACACGUUCCAAACAUUUCCUAGAGUCUUCCAAAUAUCAGCUAAUGGAUCGUGCCGUACAACCAUUGACACAAAAACCAUUAUAUUUUAGCAAAUUGGAAAGAUUUUCUCAAAUCGCCUUAGACGUGUUACACACUAAAACCGAAAAGGUUAAUGUUUUAUUCAUCAAUACCGAUAAACAUAUGAUCAAGAAAUUAUCGCUGAAACAUGAGACAGAAACAACACCGGCCCAAACUUGCCUCGUGGAAGUUUGGAGAACAGAAGAAGAUGCUAGCAUAUUGAAAAUGGAAUAUUUGAAAGUAACCGAUUCUUUAUAUGUGGGUUCGGAGCAGUCUUUAACACGCAUACCAGCUCAACAUUGUAGUCGUCAUGUUACCAAGGCUUCCUGCUUAAAUGCCAUGGAUCCUUAUUGUGGUUGGAAUGAAUUGGUGGAAAAAUGUACGGCCCAAUAUUUGGGAGAACAAAUGACUAAAUAUUGGCUACAGGCAGAGGAAUUAAAAUGUCCUGUCUUAACAGCAGCUGUUGAUGGAGCCUGGUCCACCUGGUCAGAUUGGUUUAAGUGUUCGAAACACGGUGAAAGUGAUGGUGAUUGUAUGUGCAGAACAAGGGAGUGUAAUAAUCCUAGACCACAAAAUGGUGGCAAUGAAUGUCGCGGUAUUAAUACCGAGGUAAGCAAUUGUACCGUGCAUGGUGGCUGGACGGAAUGGUCGGCUUGGUCGGCAUGUAGUCAGACCUGCGGUAUAGCGGUUAAAACGAAAAGACGUUAUUGUGGCAAUCCAAAGCCUGCUUUCGGUGGUCGUACUUGUGUGGGUCAGGAAAGAGCUGAAAUGUAUUGCAGUCAUUUGCCACCCUGUCCGGCUCCUAAACCUGUGGCCAUUGAUGGUGGUUGGGGUCCUUGGGGAGAAUGGAGUGAAUGCAGUGCUUUCUGUGGUGGUGGUUUUCGUAUACGUCGUCGCGAAUGCAAUGAUCCUAGUCCACAAAAUGGUGGCAUGGAAUGUCCUGGCUGUAAUAUAGAUUACGAAGAUUGUAACAUGCAAUCUUGCCCGGAGGUACGUAAGCUCAGUGGCUGGACUCCCUGGUUGAUACAACAAAAUAAAACAGAUGAAAGUGAAGGUUCCACGGUGCUAAUGGAGAAACGUUUUCGUUUUGUGUGCCGAGCCAGCACUCCAGAUGCCGGAUCCAUGCAUAUUUCCUUGGCCAAGACGGAGAAUCGCAUUUGUCGUGAUGGAGUUUGUCAUCGUCAUAAUGAGGCUAAUAUUUUAGAUGAAGCCGAACAUGGUGAAUGGGGUCCCUGUAAUGUAACCUGUGGAGGUGGUGUACAACAUAGAGCAGCCUAUGACAGCAAUGGCAAACAUCGUGGUAAACACGUACAAAGUAGGGCGUGUAAUAUGCAUGCUUGUCCUGAAACACCUACGAGUUUCAAUGAAGUAAUAUCCUCCCAUGAAUGGAGUUGUUGGACAGAUUGGUCGCCCUGUUCGGUAACCUGUGGUGUAGGUUUAAAGCGUAGAACACGCAAGUGUUUGGGUGGUCAUGAGAAAAUGUGUCAUGGACGUUCGAUAGAUGAGGAAAAAUGUGAAAUGAAACCCUGUGAAGAUUUCAUCGGUUGGAGUAGUUGGUCAGAAUGGUCGGAUUGCACUAAAGAUGGUAUACGUUUUAGACAUCGCAAAUGUCUGGUAGAAGAGCCCAGUGUAACCGAAUGUCGCGGUGAAGAAUUCGAGAAAACUGCUUGUGUGCCAGGCGAAUGUGAAGGUACACAAAUGGCUUCUACUUCCACUUUGAUUUCCAUCAUCUCUAUAGUGAUUUUACUAUAUGUUCUAACCAUAUUCAUGACAUUCUGGAUGACGCGACGACGUUAUUCACCACCAGUAACGCUUAUGAAAAACAAUACACCCUCACCCACUGCUUACGAUUCAUAUCCCAAUCAGUAUUCUAGUUUACCCACCAAAGAUAUCUAUGAUGUCCGUCCCAAAGUUAAACGACAAUCGAGCUUUAACAUGUGCUCUUCGCCUACUUCGAAAAAUUUCAAAACCGGCACUCUAAAUCGCAAUAAUAUCGCUCACAAUCAUACGCCCAAAGUAUUGGCGAAAACCUAUAAUGACUGCGAGACUGGCACGCUUAAACGUAAUUCGAAUGCUUUAAAUAACUAUCGUUCCAAUAUUGAUGAUGAAAAAUUUUAGUUAGUGCGAAAGAAAGUAUCAACGGAAAAGAGUCAUUUAAUAUUAGGAAAUUAUAAAAUUUACCAAGUCUUUGCGAGAUUUUGAUAGAUCAGAAGAAAUAUUUAGAGAAAUUUUCGUUAAAGUGAAAUUUUUUACUUGAAUAUUUUUUUGGAUCGUUAUAGAAAUUGUCUUUUUACAGAAAACUAAGGUUUUUGUGUGUAAGAAAUAGUGUUUAUAAACCGGUUAACCGGUUAACCGAAGAACCGGUUUUUAUUGCAUAUUUCGGUUUUUCGCAAACCGGUUUUUUUAAAACAUUGGUUUUCGGUUAACCGGGUUAUCCGGUUUUUAAG